UUUGAUUACCUCCCUUCUGUCCAUGUCUGUCUCUCAUUCCUUCUCUCUCUCCCUUUUGCUCUGUCUGCCAGGCUGAGUUGGUUUCAGACAGUGCAUCACAAACACACACACACACACACACACACACAUACAUGUGCUACUCUAUGUCUCUAGCAGCUCUCCACUCAUCUCCUCUCUCUUCCUCCUUCUCCUCACUCACCAUGGAGUCACAUCACUAAAGAGUGGAUUAUUCCUCCUGUUCCUCCUCUUUUCUCCUCUGCACUUCAUUCGGUGUGUUUGGGUGUCUGUUUCAAGGUGGGAAUGCUCAUGUCUGCGACAGCGCUGUUGGGGGCUACGCUGGGAACCGUGUCUGGACUGUUGACGCUGUGUGGGCUCUCGCUGCUGUGCAAGAGCUGUAAGAAGGGGAAACUUGAAAGAGGGGAUGAGACUGACCCAGAGAAAGCCAAACCCAGUAUCCUGCAUACUCUGACACAGUUCAGUGUGCAGAAGUCCACAGAACCCAUCCAGCCUCAAGCAUCUUUGAAGUUUCCUAAAAUCUACUGCCCCAAACCUUGUGUCACUUCUCAAGAGGUAAUAAACUACAAAGAACAUGGAGCUACCAGUGACAUGUCUGCUGCCGAGCUCGACACCUGUAACCAGGCAACCGAUCAUGAGAAAAUCUUCUCCCUCCCGCGGCAAGCUUCCGCAGAUGAAACGCCCUGCACAUCUGAGCAAACUGGUGCCAUGACGACAAGUAGCUCCAUCCUAUAUCCUAAACUACACUUCUCCAUCAGCCUGCACAAAGAAAAUGGAGAGCUACACAUCAGCAUUGUGGAAGCGGAGAAUAUAUCAGUGGAGGCCGGAUGUGAGGGAUAUAUAUCAGGGUGUGUGAGCGUCUCUGAAGAGCAGAAGCACGCUCACACAGCCGUCCACAAGCUAGCAGCUCAUGUGCAGUGGGGAGAGGAGCUGGUGUUCGCUCUCCCCAUGGAGGGCACAGAAGACACAGACAGUCUAGAUGGAGAGGUGGCCCUCUCACUUCACUGCUGUGAUCGAUUCUCCCAUAAUUCCACUCUGGGCACGAUGCGCUUUAAGCUGGCUGAUAUAAGCAUGAUGUUGGACGCUGACUGCUGGGUUGACUUACAGCCACCUAAACAGCAGGAAGUGGCAUCAUCAUCUGGAGAGCUACUAUUGUCACUCAGUUAUCUGCCAGCGGCCAAUAGACUUGGGGUGGUGGUAAUGAAGGCAAGAGGACUACAGUCAGACAAACUGAAAGAUAACAUAGAUCUAUCGGUAAAGCUGACCUUGAAACACCAAAAUGCCAAGCUGAAAAAGAAGCAGACGCGACGAGUGAAGCACAAGAUGAAUCCGGUCUGGAACGAGAUGAUGAUGUUGGAGCUGCCUAGUGAGUUACUGGCUAAAUCCAGUGUUGAAUUGGAGGUACUGAACCUGGCCAGUCCCGGGACCCUGCUCCCCCUGGGCCGCUGCAUGCUGGGGCUCCACACCUCUGGGACCGGCCUGCAGCACUGGAAACAGAUGUUAGAUAAUCCACGCAAACAAAUUGCGAUGUGGCAUCCUCUAUACACCUAGAAUACAGGUUAAUAUUCUGCAAAACAUCACCUCUACGCAAUGAUUGGUUAAAUGUGUGGUUGGAUUUUUAUGACAGUACUCUAUUGCUGUGUAAAAACAUAGUACUCCAAUAUAAUAAAUAUUUAACUAGAUAUAAUGCGUGAACCCAGUUGUUAUCAUUUAGUAAUAUGAAACUAUUUUCUCUGCAGUACUAAUAUUGUUACACAGUAGUUUAGAGUAUUUUAAUGUGAGCAGUGCUGCAUUUACCUUUGUUGUUGUUAAUGUAUCUUCAAAUUACUCAGAUAUAAAAUAUGACUGAACAGCCCACUCAGUCAAUAUCAUAGUGACCGAUGGGAGAGCGAAGCAAACGGCUCAUAUCUGAUGUACUGCAGAGUGUAAAGCCUGGCUGGAUCAGAUCAGGAGAAAGGUUAAACUACUGUAUCUAACCAGGUUUGGCAGAACAGAUGUCCCUCAUAACUGAUCAUGAAUAAACAAUCACAACAAAUAUUAGGUUAAAGCAUUGUUUGUCAGAUGAAGCCCUUAUAUGAUCCACAGGCAGGGUUUUUCUGAAAGCAUCAGAAUACAGAAAUCAGUCUAUUGUGGUCGGGAACACUUAGAAAACAUUAGAAUAUAAUUCAUUUUUAAGUUUAAUAGCAAACAGUGUGGUUUUCCUGCUAUGAAGGCUUAUGGAUGCUCUUAGUCACACUGUCACAGUUGGAAAGAUGGAGCCCUGCUCACUAACUGUAGAUUGUGUACUGCAGUAACACACUAAAUAAAUAUACAGGGUCUCAAUAGGGCAGCUUUACUCUUCUCAAUAUGCAUGUAUACAGAAAAAAAAAUGUACCACUGUCUUUUAAUUUAAAAAAUGUAAAUAUAUAUAAACAGCUGGAUAUGUAUACAAUAUACCAUAUGUGUAUUAGCAGGAUGAAGUAUCUCAACAGGUACUGCCAGGCUCCAGGAAAGUUACUAGGGGCAAUUACUUUAUACUCUUGAGUGUAAUAGAGGAUGAUGUUCUCUACCAUUAUUGUACUUUAGGACAUUUUAGAUGAAAAAAUUAAACACAUAACUGGAAUGAUAAUUACUCAGUUUGGAGACCUAUGAAAGCCUGUUUAAAAAAAAAAAGUUACAAUUAAAAAUGGUAAUUGAAAAUUUUAUAUCAGUUAGUUUGACACUUAGGCUGACUUUUUUUCUCAGAACUGCGAGAAACAAAAUCUGAAUUGUGAAAAGAAAAAAUGUAUAAACAGAAUUGUGAGAUAUAAACUCACAAUUCUGAGAAAACAAUUGUGAGACAUUAACUUUUUUGUUGCAAUUCCAAGUUUACAUUUCACAAUUCUGAGUUUUUAUUGGAUCUCUCUGAUAUAAACUUGCAAUUCUAUGAACUUGCAAUUGUAAGUUAACAUCAGUUCUGAUCUUUUUUCUUGCAAUUCUGUUAUAAACUUGCAAGAAUUGUAGGAAAAUAAUUUAUUUAUUAAAAUAAUUUAGUCUGUGGCGAAAACAGGCUUCACUCAAGCUACAGAUCUAUAGCUCACUGUUGUAAAAUGCUUAAAUUUUGUAGCAUUAAAGAUGUUUGUCCCAUGUAAAACUAUGGAUUUUUUAACCUAAAAGUAUGGACUUUAACCUAAGUUAGUAUAUGCUUCCUUCUUUCCAAUUCCAAGUCAAACUGUAGCCAAACACAACCAACCCUGAUUUAUUCCAAAAAUGUAUUUGUGUUUCACCAUGAGUGCACAAUCUAGAGGUGACAUGCCAAAUGCCACUAAAAUCAAAUAUUGUGCAUUUAUCUUGGAAGAAUUGCAUAUUUUGUGCUAUAUCCAACAAAGUAGUCAUUCAACCACAUGACAAAUUAAAACAAUCAGCCACACAAGAUAUCUACUGAAGUAUUUGUUGUGUAUUUUCGUGUCAAUCUGUUUUGUGUGACCUGAUUACAAUAAAAUCUCCAGUUAGAUCAUAAAUUAUUCAUCAUGUUUAUGUCAGAUACGUUAAAAUUAUUUUGGUCAAUUUAAGCUUUAAAUAUAUUUGUAGAGGUUCCUUGGGUAGCAAUUAAAAGCAGUGAAAUCCCCCAUUUUAUGUGUAAAAACAUUAGAUAACCAUUUUUAAUCUCUAUUUGCCCUUCAGUUAUGUUUGAAUAUUUACGGUGCAGUGGUUAUUGAAUUUACAUCAUUGCCGUGCUUGAUACUUUUCCAGAGAGGGAUGACCAAUGGAAUGUUAAUCACUGCAGUCUGAUCCAUCUGUAUGACUUACUGCAUAACACUCUCAAUUUCGUACGGACAGAAAUUUAUUUUUAAUCCACAGAUAUGCUUGAAACAAAUAGCCAUGUGUUGGUGUGAAAUAAAUAUUCCUUUCUCAAAA